UAAAUUCGCACAUUUUAAUGUAAAUAGCUUUUUACACAAGUUGAACUGUAAAAAUAAAUAACAGAUUUAAAACAUUAUCAAUAACUAUCAGUAAUGUAUUAGUAAUGUAUAUUUUACGUGUUUGUAAAUUUUUAAUUGUUUAGCAAUGUUUAGCUGUUAAUUAAAUAAUUCGCCUUUUCAUAAACCGUUGGCAUAGUACUCCGUUGUUGUUAUGGACGCCAGUGGGUGGGGUAGGAGUCAUUAACGAAUUAAGGUUGGGAACUUAUGUCAGCUGCACAUCUAUUAGCAGAAUGUCAAUUUACACAAAUGAAGACAGAUAUUCGAUGACGGCUGAGCGUUACCUGGCCAAACACCAUGUCCUUGUUUACAUAGAAGACAGCAUUGCACAGUUGUUGGAGCACAGGGAAGAAAAUCCAAAAUUAAAUCCAAUAAAAAUGCUGAGUGAAUACUUUACAGCAUUGAGAGAUGGGAACCACACUAUGUUUAGAGAAUAUCAGUUCAUAUACCAGACACCCCACAAUCGGGCAUCUUUCGUUAAGUUGUUCUGGAAGUGUUAUCGACAGAUAGGGAAGAAGGGAGACCUACUCAGUAUUCAAGAAUACCAUUCUCUCAUAACAUUGCUGUGUUCUGACUUUCCAUUUGAAGUUGUUCAGAAGACAGCAAGGAUAAUCCUAAUGGAUGAUGCCCUGGACUGCCUUAUCUCGUUUACAGACUUCAUAUUUGCAUUUCAAACACAGUUCUACUAUGAAGAGUUCCUAGACAAGUGCCUGGAGAUCUACUUGUCCAUGAUCCACACCCAGUCCAGCCCACGCAACCCAGUGGUGGUCCCCUCAGGCGCUGAUGACACCAAGAUUCACACCAGCAGCCACCACCCUGGGGACGGUGUCGAUGCCAUGCAGUAUUUCAGGGCUGUGUACCCACUGUGUGACCGGGUAAACUACAGUACCCCUCCUGCAGAGGCCCUGAAGGAAAUCCUUUUCAAUGUGCCUCGGGUGUCUUUCUAUGGGUUCCUCAUGGCCAUAGCAAAAAGUGAUGCCAUCAACGAACAUAUUGGUCGUUUGCCACCCAAAUCUGAAAUUUUGGCAGGUGCAGACCCAGAAGUUUCAGCCAGUCAUCUGCAAGCAGACGACAAACGUGGUCAUGCUGUUGCAGGUUCAAAAAGCACACUCAUCAAGAAAAGGCCAUCACUCGUUAAAAGCCGUCCAAGCUCCGAAGUUCAAAUAACAACAGACGUAAACAAUUCCAACCCCACCAACACCAAUGCCCCUGCUCAGAUUCCAUCAAAACCAAGGUCAAGGUCCGUGUCAAGGUCACGGGCUACUGUGAAAGGUCAAAAUCCCUGUCAACCUGCCACCAGCCUGACUGCAAGAUCCAGGAAGAAAGUUAUUAGCUCGGAUGAGAGUUCAGAUGAAGAUGAUGACGAUGAAACAGAAACUGAUGAUGAUUAAAGCUUGUACAUAACAUAUUUAAAUAGAUACAUGUUAUUUGUUAGGGUUAGGUAGAUUGACUUGAUUAUUUUUUUGAGCAAUAAGAUUUAAUCAAUACAAAAUAUGAUAACAGUAGAUACAAAAUAAUAAAUCUACUGAAAGUA